AUGCAUUUCCUUCUAGUCAUAGUCGUUUUAUCCGAUAUGCUCCGUGUAUGUGACAACCACGUGGAAAAUCAAACGUCAAUUUCAUUUUUUAUUUUACUCGAAUCGCAUGCGGUUGUGAUGAGUGUGACUGAUGAUGAUGAUUUAAUCCAAAUGGGAACGACGGUGUCUUCCUCAAAGGCAAAUUAUGCGGUUCUUGAGCUGUUAGGAAAAGGAGGUUUCGGCGCUGUUUACAGAGUAUGUUGUCAACACGAUGAUAAGAAAUGUUUCGCAAUGAAAGUUGAGAAAAAGUUGGAAAGUCGAGAACACUCAAAAUUAAGAAUGGAGAUCGCGAUACUAAAAUUGGUCUGCGGGGAACGGGAACACUCACAUUUCACAGAGAUAAUUGAUCGUGGGAAGAAGGAAACCUUUUUCUUCCUGGUUAUGGAGUUAGUUGGGAAGAGCUUGGCUGACCUGAAAGUACUACAAUCCGGAAAGGUUUUCACACCUUCAACAGCUUUUGGAGUUGCUAUUCAAUGUUUGGAAGCAGUUCAGGAUAUUCAUAAACACGGGUUUAUACACCGUGAUCUCAAGCCAGCCAAUUAUGCUUGUGGAUUAAAUCAGCGGAGGAGAAUCGGAACUGUACGGUUCGCAUCAUUAGCAUGCCAUCGGAAUCAAGAGUUAGGCUUCAAGGAUGAUUGUGAAUCCUGGUUCUAUCUGUUGUUAGAUAUUCUUGUUCCUGAAGGACUACCUUGGAAGAAGUAUGUGGAUCGUCAUGAUGUUUUGCGUUGCAAAGACGAGUGCCGCAAAGACAAACGAUCGAUGCUCUUCCAAAAAAAUCCUGCAAUGAAGGAACUAAGUGAACUACUCGAUUACAUUGACAGCUUAAAAUAUCACAAUACUUCCAUCAAUUACCAUUUUAUGUACGAAAUAUUGAAGACGAGCGCCCUCAUCUGUGGAGGAGAUGUAAAGAACUUGUAUGAUUGGGAGAUCCCGCUAAUGGAAGAUUUAGAACCAUUCAAUUGCUACAUUUGCAGUCAACCCUAUGAUCAUCUAUUGCAUAAACCAGUGAAAGGGAUAUGUGGUCAUACAAUAUGUGAACAAUGCCGCAAAUCUGUCGUUGUGCAGUCAAACAGCAAGUGUCCAUUCUGCAAGCUCGAUUUGGCGUUCUUGGACAAAGUAGGCAAUUGGCAAUUGGUUGAUGAAUUGAAUGAACUUGUGUCGAAUAAGACUGCUCUCCUCCAAGAUAUACGAAACGUACGUCGUGAUUACGUGAGCUGUGAGCGAGUAAUCCAAGAUUUGGCAAAAAGUUUGAAAGAUACACGUGCAAGACAAACCGAACAAAUCAGAACAUGA